AUGGCAGCUAAAUUUGAGAUGAGUGAUCUCGGAAGGUUAACUUAUUACCUUGGAAUUGAGGUCAAUCAGUACGAGGGUGGUAUCAUGUUGAAGCAAGAGAGGUAUGCAGAACGAAUACUAGAAGAAGCAGGUAUGAGGAAAUGUAAUGUGGUUUUUACACCAAUGGAGUCAGGUCUGAAGAUGUCGAAAGCACAAGAAGAAGCUGGAAUCGAAGAAAGAGUGUAUCGGAGAAACAUUGGUUGUCUUCGGUAUCUAUUACACACAAGACCUGACCUCUCAUUCUGUGUUGGAGUCCUAAGUAGGUAUAUGCAUGAGUCUAAAACAUCUCAUGGAGCUGCUCUCAAGCAGAUACUCAGAUACUUGCGAGGAACAACCUCUUAUGGUCUCAACUAUACGCGUUCGAAGAAAACAGGGCUGGUUGGAUAUAGUGAGAUCAGUCGUUCACGACUUGAUGAAGCAGGGUUAGUUGACUAUAGCGAUAGUAGCCAUAAUGUUGAUGAAGAUGAUGGGAAAAGCACGACAGGACAUGUAUUUUAUCUAAACCAAUGUCCGAUUACAUGGUGUUCCCAGAAGCAAGAAACUGUGGCAAUGUCUUCUUGCAAAGCAGAGUUCAUGGCGGCGACUGAAGCAGCAAAGCAGGCUAUUUGGCUUCAAGAACUUCUUGGGGAGAUUACUGGACAAGAAAGUGAGAAAGUGGUAAUACAAAUAGACAAUAAAUCCACCAUAGCUCUCACAAAGAAUCCAGUCUUCCAUGGUAGAAUGGAGGUGGAGCAUGUACCAGGGAGCGAGCAAAAGGCUGAUAUACUCACGAAAGCGCUUGGAAGGAUUAAGUUCACUGAGAUGAGAAACCUUGUUGGAAUCAAGGACAUAUCAAAAGAGAAAAUCAAUCUUAAGGGAGAGAAUGUUAGCUUAAACUUGAAGGACAAGCAAAAUUAG